AAAACAUAAUAAACCGUAAAACCUUCAUCUCGAUGGCUAUGAGCGAAGAACUGUGUCUCCUCAACUGCAAGCGACAAGACAGCAACUGAGAACUUUAAUUUUGGUUCUAUAUAGCUUAAUUGCCUCCGAGAAAUGAGAAUGUUCCUGUUUUUUGCUUAGUCUACACAAUGGAAAUGAAGCCUGAUUUGAUUCAGAAGCGGGAUGAAUUUCAUGAAUUUUGGGGAAAUAUGGCAGAAGUCGGUGAAUUUUGAUUAAUCCAGUUUUAUCAGGUCAAUUUUGGAGGGAAAUAUUUCUGAUUAGAUGUCUGCAUAUGGAGAUUGACUUAGAAUUGCCAUCGUUGGAGAUAAGAAAUAAUGAUGGCGGUGAUGAUGAAAUUGUGGUUCAUGAUGAAAUUAUGGGAGAUGGAGUGAAGUUGAAUGUCUCGAGUGAUAGUAGAGGCAGGGUAGAGAGUUACAUGCCUCAAAAUGGUAUGGAAUUCGAGACGAAGGAAGGGGCCUAUUUCUUCUAUAGGGAGUAUGCUCGGUCGGUUGGAUUUGGCAUCACGAUAAAAGCUAGUCGAAGGUCCAAAAAAUCUGGCAAGUUCAUUGAUAUAAAGAUCGCGUGUUCUAGGUUCGGGAGUAGGCCACAGUCCAGCACGAGUAUGAGUCAAAGGCCGUGUGCCAAGACGGACUGCAAAGCUAGCAUGCAUGUGAAGAAAAGGUCAGAGGGGAAGUGGUUUGUGUACAAUUUUGUGGAGGGGCAUAAUCACGAAAUUUCGACUAGUGAUUUCUAUAACGCUAUAAGGGGGAGGAAGAAUAAGGAGGCCGAUGCUGCCUGCGAAAGGAAAGGGCUGCAGCUGGUUUUAGACGAGAGGGAUGUAGAGUUGUUGAUGGAUUAUUUCAUGCGUAUGCAAGCUGAGGCUCCGGGGUUUUACUAUGUGUUAGAUCUUGAUGCUGAAGCACGUAUGAGAAAUGUGUUUUGGGUUGAUCAGAAAGGUAGGAAUGACUAUGCAUUUUUCGGUGAUGUGGUCUUCUUUGAUGCACAUUACAUCAGAAACAAGUAUAGAAUUCCUUUUGUACCUAUUGUUGGGGUGAACAAUCAUUUUCAGUUCAUUUUGCUUGGGUGUGCCUUGAUUGGAGAUGAAACGAAGUCUAGCUUUACUUGGUUGAUGCGCACUUGGCUUAGAUCAGUUGCUGCGCAUGGUCCGAAAGUUGUUAUCACUGAUAAUGAUAGGUCAUUUGCUGAAGCCGCACAUGAUGUUUUUCCUAAUGCUUUCCAUUGCUUUUGUCCUUGGCAUGUCUUCACCACAGUUGGUCAAAAUCUAAGUGGCGAAUUUGAUGAAUCCGCACUUAUUUUGAUGGAAUUUAAGAAAUGCAUGUAUAGAUCUGGGACAAGCGAAGAAUUUUAUAAGAGGUGGCACAAAAUGGUCAAGCAAUUUGAUCUCGCAGAUGAUAAGUGGGUGCAAUCAUUGUAUGAUGACCGUAGAAAAUGGGUUCCUACUUAUAUGAGGGAGGUUUUUCUUUGUGGGUUUUGUACAGUUGAGAGAUCACAAAGUGUAGGGUCUUUUUUUGACAAGUACCUGCAAAAGGAAACUACUUUUCACGAGUUCAUCGAUCAAUACAAAUUAUUUUUGCACGAGUGGUGUGAACAAGAAGUUAAGGCAGAGGCUGAAACUCGCAGCAGUGGACCAAUAUUGAUUUGUCAUUCACCUUUUGAGAAGCAAAUGUCUAAAAUCUACACAAAUGCAAUAUUUAGAAAGUUUCAAGCUGAAGUUUCAGGAAUUCUUUCGUGCACUCCUGAAAAAGAAGGCGAAGAUGGGGAAACAAUUCUAUAUAAAGUUCAUGAUCUUGAAAGGAAACAAACCUUCACCGUCUCCUGGAAUAGAGGAAUAUAUGGCAUCCAUUGUCUGUGCCGCUUGUUUGAAUAUAGUGGAUAUCUCUGCAGACACACCUUAUCAGUUCUCCAACUAUCAGGCAUUUCCACUAUUCCGUCAAACUCUGUACUGAAGCGAUGGACACGAGCUGCAAAGAUUAUAAAUAUUCCUCAUCAAGCAUCAGCCAAUACAAACUUGAGGGUCCAUCGCUUUAAUGAUAUUUGCAAACUUUCUACUAGAUUAAGUGAGGAGGGUUCGAUAUCGGAGGAUGCUUACAAAGUUUCUCAUCAUGCUCUAGAAGAAGCAAUGGAGCACUGUGCGCGCUUGAACUAUUCUGUAAAGAGCAUCAUGGAGACCACCAAGACUGCUGCUCAUGGUCUUUUGGAUAUUGGACAGAAUAAUGAUAAAAGUGCAAUGGCAUCAAAGAUAAAAGUUCCAAAAAAACGGAAGGUACUAGCAGCUGAGCCUGAAACAUGGCCUACUGGGAUGGAGGAAAGCGGUCAUGAUGUGGAGCAGAUGAACCAAAGAUCACAUAGGCUUCAUGAUUCUUACAUGUCUCAGCAGGACCUUCAUGGGAUGGAACCUGGGUUAAAAAUCCCCAUUGUCAAUAGUUACUCUAUUGCAGAACAUGGCGGUCAAGGACCGGGACAUUUGAGUUCACCAUUGCCAUUACAAGAUUGCUACUACAGUGACCAAUCACUUAUGCAGGGUGUUCUGGGGAAUUUUUCAGCACGUUCCAGCCUUCAUGCUGCCCAACAGAGUCUGCAUGCUAUGUUGCAGGGCCACUUUAGCUUCAGGCCCCCGUCCCUGGAAGGUUGUUCUCAACUACGGGAUAGCUUGCACAAUGAACACACGAUGCCAAAGCAUUUGCACGAUUAACAUGCUUGGAGGUUUGGUGAUCUGCUGAUUCAGUUAGAAGGGUAGUUCUGCUUUUGAUGAAUUCGCUCUUCCAAACAUGUUUAUAUAGUAUUAUCUACAUCAAAUUUUCAUAUCAAUGUGUCAUGCUAUGCAACAAUUUUCCGUAGUUUUUUGGUUGCCUUGGCUUAAGCAAAAUUAGGUGAUUGUGAUUGAAUUGAUGCUAUAAAUCUGUCACUUUAACAUUUGCUUGUAAAUUUCUAUUUUAUGAACUAAUUCAUUGAGGUAAAUUAAUAUGCAGAGAAGAUAAAUUACACUACUGCGUACUCUUAUAAAUAAAAACACAUGAGCCACAGUACACGUGUACUGCCUAAUUAUUCUUUCUUUAAUCCUUGAUGUCAAUUGACUGAAAACAUUGUAUUCGUGUCCAUAAUGAAGUUCUGCACCUACUUGUAUGGACACGACUGUUAAACUCUAAGGUGUGAUUCAGAACGAUGAACUUCAUGUUUGUUGCUGAGUAAUAAGAAAUAUUCGAUUACUUUCUCACUAGUGGCAACUCGUUUGACAUAACUAGAGAUGCUAGAAAAGAAUGAUCUGUUUUAGCAGUACUCUCUAGUUUAGGGUACUCAUUGGCAGAACUUGGUGCUGAAUUUGAGCUACAAUCAUUGAAAUAUUGUCAAAUACUAAUAUAAUUAAUUCUGAUCUCCAUUUGCUUCUCUGCUGCCAGUGCUUGUUUAAGUUUUGGGAGCUGACGAGCUUUGUUAUGCAGAGAUGGAAAGGGUGAUUCCUCGAGUAUAUUUUGCGAAUGCUGGUCUUUCUCUUUCCCCCUCGGAAGACUGAUCCUCUCUUGUCCAACUAGAAGCGAGAUAUAUGCCUCACUCUCUCGGUGGAUACUGCUUGCUGUGCCGAUGCACGCUUGAGCUUUUGAGAAGUCACAUAGUAUAUUAUCAGCAUCAAUUGGGAGUGUGCCAAAUAGGGUAAGUUGCUUAAUUCCAUUAUCACUUGAGCUGUGCUACACCAAGAUGAUUUAUAAUAUUCAUUCCUUGUAGAAAGUAUUAAGUUGGUUGGUUUAGUUUAUUUUCUUGCAAGUUACAUUUAUGAAAAUUGUUGAGCUAUGCAAUUCAGUUGCUUGUUUCUGAAAAUUGCAAGGUUGUUGUGUAUGGAGAGAGGAUACAGAAUAGUGUUUUUUUUUGUAAAUAUACCAAUAUUUUAGACCAUUUACAACGCAAGGAAUGAAUCAGACCUAUACUAUUCACA